UGUGGUCGAACGUUUGACACACUUCACGACAUUGUGGUUCAUUUAACUGUUGAUCACGUUGGGGGACCAGAGCAGACUGACCACACAUGCUACUGGCAGGGCUGUGAAAGACUUAUGAAGCCAUUUAAGGCCAAAUACAAGUUGGUGAAUCACGUGAGGGUGCACACGGGGGAAAAACCCUUUCCUUGCCCCUUUCCCGGGUGCGGGAAGGUCUUUGCCAGGAGUGAAAAUUUGAAAAUUCACAAACGUACACACACUGGUGAGAAGCCCUUCAAAUGCGACUUCGAAGGAUGCGACCGACGAUUCGCGAACAGUUCCGACCGCAAAAAACACAGCCACGUGCACACGAGCGACAAGCCAUUUCACUGUCGAUUUGAAGGUUGCGACAAGACUUACACCCACCCAUCAUCCCUACGCAAGCACAUGAAGAUGCAC